UCACAGAUUUUUAACCUUUGGACCAUUAAUUAAACCUUUUUUUAAACCAUUCAUCACAUAUUAACACAAGAACAACAACGACAUUCACCCUUUCUUUGUCACUUUCUCUCUCCUCAAAACACUGCAAAAACCCUCCCAAAAAUCACAACUCUCCUCCAUUUUUGUCUUUCUGCAAAUCUUACCAUGUCAAGCAACAAAGAAGAAGCAUUAAUAAGCUUCUCAAACACAUCAUCAGCAUCAUCUCCAAUCACACUUUCAGAAGGAAUUGGUGGGGACAACAACAACAACAGUCAGAUUGGGAGCGCUUCAAACAGCUUCCAAAGCGACAGUAUUCUAUAUGAUGGCGGCGGAAGUAGCAGCGGUGACCCGGAGUUUGGGUUUUUUAGGCCCGAUUUCCGACAAAAUGUGUUGUUGGGUAGUGUUCAAUACUAUGAUCGCCAUGUUUUUAUGUGUUAUAAAAACCCUCGAAAUUGGCCCCCUCGUAUUGAUGCUGCUGAAUUUGAUCGCUUGCCUAGGCUUCUUUCUGCUGCUUUGGCUUCUCGUAAAUCAGAUAUGAACAAGGAGACCCGGCUAACAAUCUGCGAGGGACGUGAUGGAACCGAAACAUCAAACGGAGACGUAUUAAUUUUCCCAGACAUGAUCAGAUACAGGAGAUUGACACAUUUUGAUGUUGAUACCUUUGUUGAAGAAGUUCUUAUUACAGAUGGUGAAUGGCUUCCUGGAAACCCAGAAAAGCUUAAAGGCUAUUACAUUUUUGUAUGUUGUCAUGGGAGCCGAGAUCGCCGUUGUGGUGUGUGUGGACCUCCAUUGGUUGCUAGAUUCAAAGAAGAGGUAGAUUUACACGGUCUUCAAGGAAAAGUCUCAAUUAGCCCUUGCUCUCAUGUUGGUGGUCACAAAUAUGCUGGAAAUGUAAUCAUCUUUGGAUCUAGGGUUGACGGGCAAGUCACUGGGCACUGGUAUGGAUAUGUUACACCAGACGAUGUGCCUAAUUUGCUUGAACAACAUGUAUUGAAGGGAGAAAUUGUAGAAUGGCUGUGGAGGGGUCAAAUGGGUUUAUCUGAGGAUGAACAACAAAAAGCCCAAGAACUGAGGCUCCACAACAAAGAAGGAAACCACACAGGAAACAGUAGACAGUUCUAUUCCGAGUUGCCGGAGAUUAACUCUCCGACAUGUGGAUCUCGUUUUGGGUCCAACGGCUGUUGCCAGACAAACGGAAAUGCUGCGUGCUGUCAAAACCCCGUUUCAGUGGGUAAGGAGGAAGAUGAUGAUUUUGUUAUUCAUGAAGGACAAGUAAAAAUAGCCAAUGGGAAGAACAGCUACAAUAAUAAUAGGCUUGGAAAGAGGAAAGUAUGUGCUAUGCCUUCAUGGUUCGAGAGCUGGGAACGUGAAGAUACAUACGCAGCCCUUGCAGUUGCUUGUGCUGCUGUUUCAGUGGGAGUCGCGUAUAGCUGCUACAAGCAACUGUAAACCCAUGCGGGCCCCGACCCGCCCCUCCUCAAUUGGUGCAAUGUUGUAAUGUUAGUAGUGGGCCCGAUUGGGCUUUAACAGUUGAAUUGCAUUGUGCAUAGACAUCAUAAGGAGAAGAAUGCAAUGUGAAAUGGGCAGUGGCGUUUUUCUCUGUUUGGCAUCAGAUGUGAAAGGUUUGUAAUGUAAAUGGACAAUAAUCUUGUAAAUAUGUGUUUCUUAUUUAUGUAUUAUUAUUAAUUAAUGGAA